AUAAGGCUAAAGCCCCAAACAAACUUUCAGAAUUUCGCAGCAGGGGAAUGUGAACUCAAGUCUAGGCCCUCCAAACCUUUCCGUCACUUUUUGGCCACACAUGACACCUGUCGCGGAAGGAUUCCGUUAUGCCCUGUUAAAACUACUUACGAAAAGUUGCUGCAUGAAGCUAAGUACAGCUCUACGGUUAUACAAUUAUUCGUGGGAUAGCCCCGCAAGCAACGACAUGGCAGGGAUACAAAAGGUUUAUUGUUCCAUCAUUCUUCUUCUUCUCCUGUGCUUUGUGAUCAGCCACAAGAGCAGUGGAGAGAAGAUUCUGUUGGUUCCAAUGCCAUUGUUCAGUAGCCACUGGAUGGUGGAGGCGUCAAUCGGGCAGGCGUUGGUGGGCAAAGGGCAUGUUGUCACGGUGGUUGUUGAAGAGGACAUCGUGGCGAAGCGGCGAGCAGAGAGGCCUGACUUUACGUUUGAGACAUUUCAAGAUGAUGGAUUCGGAUCACGCCUUCGGAAAUUCCAAGACGACAUGUAUGACAUAGCAGAUUCAGUGUCUGCCUACAACGAACUCGGAGAACACUCAAGGGCUUCUGAAUGGGCAAAGGAACACUGCGAGCAACUUUUAGGGAAGGAUGCCCGGGGGGAUAGUAACAUGUUGGGGAGAUUGAAGACAGCACAAUACAGUGUUGUUAUUUCUGACCCCUUUUUAAGAUGUGGCACUAUAGUAGCAGCAAACCUCGGGAUCCCCCACAUUGCAAACAGUGCCGACGAUGGUACGUUUUUCGACAAAAUGGCCACUGGUGUACCGUUACCUUUGGCAUACGUUCCGUCAAUCGAAUUGGGAUAUACCGAUCAAAUGACUUUUCUGCAAAGACUGGAGAAUACUUGCUUCUUCGGUCUUUCAAACAUCUUUAAAAGCUGGCUUUAUGCUAACGUAUACCACGAUCUGGUCCAUACGUAUGUCAGCGAGAAAGAAACUAUCCAGAGCCUGACGUCACACACGGACCUGUGGCUGUAUCAUACCGACACGGUGCUGGGUUUCCCCCGUCCCUCCAUGCCUAACAUGGUCCAGGUUGGUGGGCUGAUGGCAGACCGUCCCGUCGUUCCUCUCUCCGUGGACAUAGAAGAUUUCAUGCAGUCAUCUGGAGACGACGGAAUAAUCGUUGUUAGCUUCGGGUCGAUGGUCCAUACGAUGUCGACGGAAAGGAAAGAAAUGUUCGCGGCAGUCUUCGCGCAGCUCCGACAGAAGGUGGUGUGGCGGUACCUGGGAGAGAAGCCGGCCGGUCUGGGUAACAACACCAAGCUGAUGUCCUGGCUGCCUCAGAAGGACUUACUGGCUCAUCCCAAGACACGAGCCUUUGUCAAUCACGCUGGAAGGAACGGCGUGUACGAGGCCCUGUACCACGGCGUGCCCAUGGUUUGUCUACCGCUGUUUGGGGAUCAGCCUGGCAACUCCGCUCGGGUCGUGGCGAGGGGGCUGGGGGUGAGUUUGGACUUCAGGACGGUCACUUCGGAUCAGUUUCACCAAGCUGUACUUCGUGUUCUCACCAUCAGCAGUUACCGUGAAACCGCAGCCCGCCUGUCCCGUCUGUACCGUGACCAGCCCCAGUCACCCAUGGACCGGGCCGUCUGGUGGAUAGAACACGUCAUCAAACAUGGCGGACUGCCCCAUCUCCGCGCACGCGCCGUGGAGCUGCCGUGGUACCAGUACUACCUGCUGGACGUGGCCGCGUUCCUAUUGGCCAUCUGUUCAGCUGUUCUGGGGACCCUGUGGUACAGCUGUUCAUCCGUCUGUAGGAAGGUUUGCUGUAAAAGAGGUGGCAAGCUUAGGUCAAGGCGGAAGGCUACAAUAAUAUAUGUUUGAUCAACCUGGCGACACCAUACUUACAUGUAUCUUAACAAUAUACACCUUCAAGAUUUCAAAUGUAUCUUCAAUCAGGUCGUUGAAAAAUAUGUCUAUAUACAACAAUGAGAGGAAUACUCUUUUUAAUUGUGUACAAGAUAAGUUCUUGUGUUUUCGAUAUCUAAAUAGCAUAGAAAAUUAACAUUCCUUAUGCAAUUAUACAAAACAUGUAUCUUAGGCUCUAUCUGCCCUUACAUUUACAACUGUUUUAAGAGGCGUGAAGAAGUUGAACCCGUACAUACUAGCAUACAUUAGACUUUGGAGUUAAAUGGAACUACUUAGAACUUCAUUAUCCUGGCCUGUACUUAGCUUGUGAAACUAGAAACGUAUUAUAAUAUUAGGUCUUCUUCAUUUAUUCAAUGUAUAUUUCG